UUCUGUCGCUGUAAAGAAGGAUAUCGUUCAAGAUGCUUACCUGCGCGAAUUGAAGGCAUACAAGGCUCCAGCAAAGGUAGGUUAUCCGUUUAUGUUAAGGAGUAGAAUACCUUUUCAAUCUCAUGACUAACUUUUCCCCCUCUUCUUACCCUCAAAUUAAGGCUGCUGAUGCUCACAAAGGUCAAGUUCGGGAAUAUCAAGCUCCAAAAGCACCACAAGCACCCAGCGCACCAUCUUCAUCGGAAUUAGGUAGCGAACUAGAAUCAUUCGCAAGCAGUGAACCUGAUCAUGCAGAACAUGUUGCAAGCACAGAAAGCGUUGUGCCUGAACAACGUCAAGACGUUCGCGCAUUCUUGGAAGAGGCUAAAAAGCCAAUCGUCGAUGAACAUCAUUAGAAGUAAGGAAUUGAUAUAAACGUGUCUUCACAGCAUGAUAAUCAAAUAUGCAUCUCUCAGCCAUCAUUCAGUAUAAAGGGGCAGGCAUGAGAAGCAAUCAGAUGGGAUUCGAUGACC